UCCAUUGCCAAAUUCUAAUGGGUCCGAAACUGAAAAACGAAAGAAUUCCCCUUUAUUAUUCUCUGUUUCUAACCCAUCAUUGCUUGCUUGUUUGGAGACUGGAAGGAGUAUCAAUGGCUACAUGCAGCUUGGCAACAUCCGGUAUUGUGUUCAGAUCCGGGGGGGUCGUAUCGAGUACGAGCUCAAACUCUAGGAAUUCCGUUGCUUUCUUUGCCAACAAUAAUGUCAAGAAUGGUUCGAGAAGGCUAGUAGUACGUGCGGCCGAUGAAGCCCCGCCAGCAGCGGCCACCACCGCUGUUUCGGCUGAGCCUAAGGCUGCUCCUAAGCCACCUCCGAUUGGACCCAAGAGGGGCAGCAAGGUGAAGAUCCUAAGGAGAGAGUCUUACUGGUUCAAAGACGUUGGAUCCGUUGUGACUGUUGAUCAGGAUCCCAAAACGAGGUAUCCGGUCGUGGUAAGAUUUAACAAAGUGAACUAUGCCAAUGUAUCAACUAACAACUAUGCCUUGGAUGAGAUUGAAGAACUGUAGUGAGGCAUUGUAUGUGCAUUUUCUGAUGUGUAUUAUAUUCAACUCUGUAAUCCCCCCUGCUUUCUACUCCUCUAUGAAAUGGUGAUUAUUUGCUUAAGUAUCGAUUUCUUUCA